AGUAAAUGAUAAGUUUGAAUCCUUGGAAGCUUUCGAAGAUGCCGCUAAAGCCGCUGCUAAAUCUAAUAUGUUUGCAUUUGCAAAAAAAGACAGCAACCUUACUGGAAACAAAGACAAAUCAUCUUAUGUUGUUUUGCAAUAUACAAAGAGUAGAGACUAG